CCUAACUUUUCUAGAUUUCUUGGACAAAAAGAAACUAGAGUUCAAAUCAGCCCCCACAGAAUGCGUUGCAGAAACGUCUCACAUCACAUUAUAAUCGUGUAUUGGGACAUCUCCCAUUGACUGGGCUAUUUUGGCGAAUUAAAUUGUUCAUUUGCCUUCCACCAUAAGAAAAAAAAAGGUGUUCAUCUUCCUCCACGGGAAAAUAGAAAAAAAGAAAGAUACUCGUCUGUUGAUAUUCAGGCAUUUAAUCUUGUCAAUUCUUGAUUUGCCAAGAUGAAUAAGUAGCAGACAACACAUUGGUGGUGAUAUGGGGGUUGGGGAAGAGACGGACGAUCUGUCCCCGUGGUAGCCCUAUACAACGGAAGCCCUUCAGACGUUGGCAUUCAUGGAGGAGAGGAUUGGUUAAUGACGUUUGAGUCGUGGCAACAACAUUUUGUGUUCUCUUCUUCUGCACUUUGGAUUGUAGACUUUGGUAGGAAUUUCUAAAACCGUGAUAUGUCUUCGUUGGAUCGAGAUAAAGCUCUUGGAAAUAAUCGGCGUGAAGAUGUCAGCUGGCUUUUUUCCCUAUCCGGUUCUGAACUUGAUAUGCUGGUUAGCUUAAAGAAGCUGGUUAUUCAGCGUGCGAAAGUUAUUGGUCAUGAUGCCCUAGCCAGUAAAUUUGAUCUGAAGAUGCUUCGGGUUAUUGGGUUCAUUUUAAUGGAAUAUCUCAAAGGACAAUUUCAGAAAUCAUCAGUUGUUUCAGCCAUGAAUGACUCUUCAACAUUUUUAGAUGAUUGCAAUUUAUCAAGGGAUCUCAAGGGCAGCCCCAGCUGUAUGAGUAGAGAAGAAAUAGUAGGAUUGGUUAAUGCCAUUUCAAGGAAAAGAACAAAAGAAAGAUCACAUAAAGAGGAAGCUUGUAGUCAGAAAAGAAAGAAAACUAAGAGUUCAUAAGCUAUCUGAUGCUUUAGUACUCACAGAGAGCAGAGUAGCAAGCCCGGAUGGUUAUCCCUUUAUUUAAGACAGAUUGGUGUGUUAGCGUCUUUUUAUGUGCACUGGCCUACAUUGGUUCUUUAUUUUUUGGAGCAGAAACAUCAUCAUGAUCUAGAUAGAGAAGCCUCUAGUCAUUGAAACCAGUUGGGAUCUCUAAUUAUAUCCUCUCCUUCCUUGUUUAUGUACCUCUUUUAACCAUCUUAGGUGUUUUCUUUGUUGUAUUGUUCUUAGAUUAUUAUUACAUGUACACAGAGAUGAAAACUUCAUAAUUUCUUGACAUAUUACUGAAUUUUGGCGUAUA